GGUACAAGACGUGUAAAAGAGAAUCAUAAUAAUAUAUCUACUGCAGCGUAUUAUACGCACCUCAUAWUAUUAUUAUUAUUAUUAUAUCUUUUGCAGUGUGUAAUCUAACAAACAGACUCAUCAUGCGUUGCACUGUCAAAAUAAUAUAUACUCCUAUUAAUAUUAUAUAGGUAGAGUACCUAUCCUGCUGACACCAAAUCAUCAUCGACUUCAACCAUCAUCAAAUUUAACAACGUCGAGUUUGGCUAUGCCUCCGUACUUUUGUACGUCGGACGAUGAUUAUAUUUGCACACGGCCCAAGUUCGUUGCCGACGGCGGCGAUUGUUUUAUGGUUGAACGAGCAUCCGUCACCGUGAGUUCGACAACGUCUAGCGCGUGGGCGCCGGGACACGCGUGGUCCCAGUAUUGCAGCCCAUCUGCUGGUUCCACGCUGGCUGCCCUGAUGCCGUCCGCCCUGCACAGGGGCCCCCUGCGAAUAUCGCCCGUCAAGUCCGAGCCCUACGACAUGGCCGCCGACAUACCGCCGUCUAUAAAACGGCGGCGGCUGAGUCUGUGCGUGGGCUGCGGCGGUGCGAUCAACGACCAAUACAUACUGAAGGUCGCUCCGGACUUGGAGUGGCACGCGGCUUGCCUCAAGUGCGCCGAGUGCCAUCAGUUUUUGGAUGAACAUUGUACCUGUUUCGUGAGGGACGGGAAAACCUACUGUAAAUUAGAUUAUGUCAGGUAA